AUGACGAUACAUUUGCGACAAAACCAACCCUCCAAACAAUACGCGCAAGAUGGUGAUGCAUCCUCAUCCUCCUUAUUAUACGCUGCUUCGUCUACCACUGCUUCAUGGAAACGUUCAGUGGCAGUUUUGGUGAUGCUAGUAUUGGCAGGUGCCUUUUUUGUCUUUCAGUUUCAAGAUGCGUCCAAGGCACAAGAAUUGGAACAAGACAAUAAAUUCAAAUUUGAGGAAUCCAAAACAACAACAACAUCAUCAAACAAUGAGAAUCAUGAGAAUCAUAAUGACAACAUGACGUCCAAUGAUCGUGGCAAACCAACUACUAUCGAUAUCCAGAAUCAUCUACGACAACAACAAGAUGAGACUGAGGCUGAGACUACACCUACACCAGCCACACCUGCUACGUCAUCAUCAGGAAGCAUUCGGGCGACUGCCACUCCUGAUGCUGUCAAUACUCCACCACCACCAGCAACCACCACAACGACUACAACGACAAUCAAGACGGAGAAUAAAAAACCAUUUUGCACAUUGGAUUGCACGAAUCUAAAACAAAAACGCACUGCAGAAUUUGGUGGUGACUUGUCCAAUCGUCACACCAUGUUGGCAUUGGCGGUAGAGGCACGAAACAAGAUGGUGGCUUCCAUUCAAUUACAUUAUGGAGACUACUUUGAUGCCAUUUUCCAACAUGGGUUUCGACCAGUCAGUGAAACUGGCAAAUCUCAACAAGGCCUCUUGCGAAAAUUGCAAAUCAAAGCCUUGGAGGUUCAAACCAAAUUUGCCAACGAGGAAGCACUGUGCCAACAGGACUGCGCAUCCGUCCUAAAUCCAAACUAUCCCCUUCCAUUUUAUCAUUAUAGGAAUUAUCAAACGGCAACAGCUGCCACUGCUGCUGCUGCAAGUCAACAACAACAACAACAACAACAGCAUUCCAAUUAUUAUGAGAGAUAUGUGUGGGCGACGGGUGGUCAUUCGGCGUCGGCAGGACAUGGCAAUCUAUUCAAUGAAUCCUACACGGCAUUUUUAGAACGGGACAUGAAACCUUUGUUCCGUGCCAUUGGGGUGGAAUUUGAAGGACGCAAUUUUGCCAUGGGGGGGACGAGAUCGGGUCUGGAAAUUGCUAUGUGCUUUGAACAAGUCUUUGGGACUGACCUGGACUUUUUCGCGUGGGAUUAUGGAAUGACGGAUGGAAGAAAGGAUUCUCUACUCUUUCAUUAUGGAUAUCGAGGCGCAUUGAAUCCAGGCCGGCCUGCCAUGUUAGGUGUCUGGACCAAUGGUUGGAAGGGUCGGGACGAACGUCUUUUGGAUCUGGAACAAAUCGGAUUGCCUACCUUUCAUCGACCGACCAAAUCUAUUGAUGCCAUGAAUGCCGCCUUUCCAGAUUCGGGAGAAAUGACGGAAGCACAAUUGCAGGAACUCCCUGAUUACGUCAGGAACUUUAAAUGUCAAGGUAAAAUUGAAAAGGGAGACCCAUAUUGUCAAGACGACAAGUAUUCCAAAGGAAUUUGUGACAAUCGUGCCAGCAAGGCAGGCUGGCAUCCAGGAAUCAAACAACAUGGAGUCGAUGGACACAUGUUGGCAAUGUUCUUGUCUGACAAUUUGAUCAAGGCCUUGCAAGGUUUGGCGGAUCACAGCAAUCAAGAUGCCGAAUCGUUAUUGAAAGAACUCAGAGCGGAAGAAGAUGAAUUGAUGGAUCGAAUACGGAGCGCUCACUUGGGCGACGAAGCUUGGAAAAUCUAUGAUGGUGGUACAAAAGGUGGAAAGCUGGAGGAUUUGGAUCCGGAUGUAAACCUAAAGUUAUUCUACAAGGGCAAGAGCAUUUGCCAUACCGGUCGAACUCCAGCAAUCACUCGGUUCAUGGGAUACUUGACCAACACGGACAAGGUGGGAGGUAUUGCACCGUAUCAAAGUGAGCAAUAUGACACCGGUAUUGAAAAAAAUGACGCAGACACAACGAAUGCCGAUGGCCAAAUGAGACUUGUAUAUGAAUUCAAUGGAAAGGAUCGUCAACAAUGUGAAGUGCCGCUGAGACCGGACUACAAGGACUUUUUCUAUACGCAUCAUAGAGAUGGUGUGGUCCAGCUGAACUUUCCCAAUGAAAAAGAAAAGGCUGCCUACAAAUACAAGCAAUCCGAAAUGGAGGGUGUUGUCAUUCUGAUACUGAGCGAAUGCGACUGGGGCAAGUGCAAAGUUGGUGACUUGAAGCAUGAGGACAUUGAGGAUGGAAAGGUCAAUAUUAGGAUUAAUGGUGUGAGUGUCACGAAAGUGGUCAAUAUCGGAAGCGGAUGCCUGGUACUGAAAAAUAAAGAUGGAGUCAAAUGGGAACCAAGUCGAAACGAUGACUAUGAAAUUGCAGUCGAUGUUGUGGCCCCGGAUUCCUACUUGAGGAUAUCAUCGGUGGUCAUUUACUAG